CACGUGAACGCAGCAGCCGGCCGGGCUCAGUGCCAGGUAACGGAGACUUUGAAAGUUUUUUCUCCUCAUUAUCAUAGCCUGUGUCUUUCCUCGCCGUCACACCCCCAUGAAUACAGCAUGAAUGCUUUCUUUACUCCUCUCCCUGGAUACCUACUUUAGCAAACGUUGGGAGCUAACUUUCCUCAGAAAAAGUGAAGCCCGUGUUGCGGUUUUAAACAUCAGCAGAUGUUUCCAGUCUGACAUCCUCCUCCGUGCUGUCUGAAUGUCCCGGCCUUUGGUAGGGAGUCCAAAGAGAUGAAGCGGGUGAAGACAAACAUGGAGGCCAUACAUCUAUAGUGGCAUGAAGGACAGAAUCAUUGAAAGAUGAUGCUGAGAAAGAUGGUGACCGUGAGGAGGCUCCUCCAUGUGAAGGGAGAUGUGAUGUGCACCGUGUUUCUGCUCAUGCUGUUCUGCCUGCUGCUCUAUGCCCGCCAGGCCAUAGUCUCCUCUGGGUGGGACAGACCUGUUUGGAAGCUGGAAAUCCACGGCUCUACCAGCUCCAGCAGAACCCUGCUGGGGGCCAGUGGGGCGAAGAGCCAUGAGUCUCCAGAGUUCCCAUCCAGCUCAUCAGAGCCACAGCUUCCUCCCUGUAAGCCCCAGCCAAAGGCUAAACCUGUUCAGCCAAAGUCCAAACCUCAGGUCAAAUCCAAGGGGAAAUCCAAGUCGCGACGGAAAAGUGUAACGCCAACUAAGGCUGCUGGAAAGCUGCUGCCCACGCUGCCACCAUUUGACUUUGAGAGAUAUCUGAGAGAAAAGGACAAGAGAGACUUCAACCUGCUCAUAGACCAGCCUGAGAAGUGUCACAUCAGAGGAGCAAAGGAGGAAAAGGGAGGAGGAGGAACCAAUGAUGACGGGGCCACUGCUCCUUACAUGCUCAUUGCAGUGAAAUCUGUGGCUGCAGAUUUUGAAAAACGUCAGGUGGUGCGUCGGACCUGGGGUAGAGAGGGACUUUUCCAAAAUGGUGUGUCUAUCCGUACUGUUUUCCUGCUGGGGGUUCCCAGGAAUCGAACUUCUCUGCCUCUGUGGGAUCGUCUCUUGACCUACGAGAGUCAAACCUUCAGCGAUAUUCUGCUCUGGGACUUUGAUGACACCUUCUUUAACCUGACACUGAAGGAAACACACUUCCUGAAAUGGAUCAACAGCAGCUGUCCUCAUGUCAAGUUCAUCUUCAAAGGUGAUGCAGACGUGUAUGUAAACAUUGAGAAUAUACUUGAGAUGCUUCAGGGUCAGAAGCAUGAUGAGGAUCUGUUUGUUGGUGAUAUUAUUAUCAAUGCUAAACCAAUUCGUCGGCGCAGUUCCAAGUACUAUGUGCCAGAGUUUGUUUACGGAGGAGGUUUGUACCCCAGCUACGCUGGAGGAGGAGGGUUUGUCAUGUCGGGGCUUACGGCUCGGAAGCUGAGCACAUCCUGUCAACAGGUGGAGUUGUUCCCCAUAGAUGAUGUCUUUCUAGGAAUGUGCCUCCAGCUGAUCGGUGUCAAACCAUCACGUCACCAAGGCUUUCGGACCUUCGGAAUCCCAAGACCAUCUGCGGCACCCCACCUCCAGACAUUCGACCCUUGUUUUUACAGAGAGCUCAUGGUUGUUCACAGCCUCUCUGUUCCUCAGAUCUGGCUCAUGUGGAACCUCCUGCACGACCCCAAUCUGAGCUGCCACAACAGGACCAGCCCCACAUCCUGGCCCUUUAAGUGGAAAGAGAAAAUAAGAGAAACCGAGGUACAAGAGAUGGAUUACGGGGGGAAGCAGGUGUUUGUCACACAUUAGAGACUCUCUGCUGGGAUCUGCAUGAGCUCUUGUGAGCACAAAAUGAUUAGAAAGCAUUGUCUACGGCCAACUCCAAAGGCUUUUGUGUGUUCAAAAGCACAGCUGAGCCUUAUGAGACUUUAUCCAAGCUGGCAGAUCAUCUUUGGGGAAAUGAACUGGCGAAGGCCAAAUGUGCAUCAGAUUUUUCAGAGAGGAAACCCGAAAGAGAAUUUAGGCUUUUGCCAAGAGCGCCCAUCUGUGCUUUCAUCUCUUUGUGAACAACCAUGCAGCAUGUCCUUGAUCUGCAAAGAUUAUUGUGUGAUAAGUUGAACCUCACUGGACUCUUGAAUGUUUUGUCUUCAGAAUGUAUUGUGUUAUAAUUGUUUACACAGAGACAUACUUACAGUAGCUCUACAUGGACAAAAUGAUUCAAUGCGGGUAGCUGGUUUAACCCAUCCAUGCAUGAAUGUAUGUGUGUGUCUGAGACCACAGCAUUGUUGAUAAUCUAACAUUCAUUGGACUGUGUGGACAGCCAGGACUGGUAAUGGCUGCGAGUACUGUAUGAGUGAAAAAGACUGCAGGGACUCUGUGUCCUCGUCGUGAAUUACUUGCAGAGAUGUACCUCACUUUGUAACGCUGGAUAAAGGCACAAAUGGACUGUCCCAUUAUCUGUCCCCUAGAGGAAAAGAGAAAGAAGCCUAAAUGGAAACCAGCCGUGCAGUGGGAACCAGCUGGGACCACAGCACAAACACACACACACACACAGAAAAAAACAUCUGCUGUUGUUUGUGAGAAAAGCCUGGUAUACGAGGUGUCAGGCAUUUGUCAUGUAACACUCAAGCUUUAACUACAAGUUCAAUCAUGAUUUGAUUUGUCAUUUAUUAACAUGUAUUAGGUCCACUUAUACAGAUUACAAUUUUACAUCUUUUCAACAGAACAAGGCCACAACUGUAGACAGACGCAAACUUCUGUGCCUCAGUACUGAUACACAGAGCAGCCUUGAACUAACCAGGGCUGAACAGGCUCAGAGUAAUAGAUAAUAAAUAAUAAAUAUAAUGUGAAGAAAUAGUUUGAUCAUGAUGGAUCAAUCUGUGCCAAGAAAACGUCAGUCUCGCUGUGGAGGAGCAGAUUCAUGACAAAGCUGAAGGCUCUGAGUUCAGAAGCGAUGUCUCAGCUUUGGCUACAAGUGUAGGUUCACAAACAACCGAGAGGUAUUUAUUGGCAUGUCUGCUGUCCAGCAAAACAACAUGAUGUCUGAGUCCUUUCAGUAAGUAAAGUAAGAUGUUGCAACCUCAGUGUAUGACUGAAGACUGUAGUCUACGGUGUGCAUGCACAGUGCAGUGUGUGAAUAUGUGUCAUUGAAAGUUGUGGACAAAAUUGCCAUGUUUUGGUGUUGCGUCUAUUUUUUUAAGGAGGGGAAAUCAACAGGUGGGUUGGAUCCAAAUAGUGAAUGUUGCAGGAGCUGAAGGUCAGCUGCCUUUUGUUUGAACAACGACAAUAAACCUCACAAAACGUUAAGUUUAUAACAACAAAACUCAGAGCCACUGAGGACAGAACAGAUUGGGAGGCAGGCUGCCUAUCUCCCAAGCAUUAAACAGUCUGUCUUUGUGACUAAUGAAAGAACCAUUCUGCCAGGCUGGAACACAAAACAGAUGUUGAGGUUUUGCUAAAAGUCAAAAGUUAAAGUUGUUAGUCUGUAUCUGAGAUUUUGAGGUUGAAUAAAUUAAGAAACAAA